AUAAAGCAUGUUUCAAAUGAAAACAUUGAAAUUGCAAACCGGUUGUAGAUUUUAAUUUUUCCUCUACAUAAGUGCUUUUAUAUAUUAAUAUAAAUUUAAAAAAAAAAUGUUUACGACAAAUUUAAGAAGUAUUUUGAAAGUAUGUUCUCGCUUCUCCACCCAUACUUCACUAGGCGUUUCCAGGAUUUCACCUCUUAUUAAUAGAAAUGCAUGUCUUGUCCGAACCUUUUGUGACAAACCAUCACAUAUUGUUCAGAUGCGUGGCUUAGAAUAUGAAACAAAGGAAAAAGAUAUCAUAGAGUUCUUUAAACCAUUGGGUAUAACUCCUAAAUCUGUACAUUUAAAAUGUGAUGGCUCUGGUCGUGUUUCUGGACUUUGUGAAGUUACUUUUGCUACACAUGCUGAGGCUGUUGUUGCAAUGCGAAAGAAAAAUGCAUUCAUGGGUAAUAGAUUUAUACGAUUAACAUUGAAAUCUUUUGACAUUGAGGGGGAAAAACAAAAAUCAGGUAGCAUAGAUGAUAAUCAACCAUCUCAAAAUGUAAUUAAUGAUUUGAACAUUGCAUCAAAUGUUCAAGCAACAUAUCCACUUGGUCAUACAGUUAAAAUGAAAAAUGCACCUCGAAGAAUUACUGACCUAGCUAUUUAUGAGUUUUUUUGGCCAGUUGGUAGCUUUCCUGUAUCAGUAAAAGCACUUUAUAAUGAAAGUGGAAUUAGAACAGGAGAGUUUGAAGUGCAAUUUUUGUCACACAAUGAUGCUGUCAGAGCAAUGACAAAAAAUAAUACUUAUUUAAGAAAUAACUUCGUUGAACUUUCUCUGCAGAAGUGAAAAAUGGAGAUAAAAAUGUAAUUAUGUGUAUAUGAAGAGGAAACCAUUGGUGCAUAUGAUUUAUUUUACAUAUGAAUGUACAUUAUGUUGUCAUUUGAUAUAGAAGCAAUACAUUGACAUAAAAUAAACAUCACAUUAUUCAA